AACAAGCGGGCUUGGCGGUGUCGAGGGUUGUUUUUGUUGUGACCCCGCGGUGGAUCAUCGCUGGCCUUCUGCGAUCCCGACUUUCCCACUUUCUUACGCAAUUCCGAUUAAUCUUGUGGCCUGCUUCAAUUCGACUUGAUUUCAGGAUUUCUGGCGCAUCUUCAUCACCUAGCCCUGUCCGACUGGGACCCUGAAUCGUGACAACCUCCGGUGCAUGCGGAGGUACAGUGAAGGACUGCUUGGGAAACACACAAAUCCGCCGGCACCAUGAGCCAGCUCCUCACGGCGCGACAGGCGGAGGAGCUGCACAAGGCGAUGAUUGCCUACAUGACUGCGGCGAACUUGCCCCAGAGUUGCGCAGCGCUACGAGAAGAACUGGGCGAGUCAAUCUCCGUCGAGGAUUCCACACUGAAGAAAUAUGAGGGGCUGCUGGAGAAGAAAUGGACCAGCGUAGUCCGACUACAGAAGAAGAUUAUGGAUCUGGAGACGCGCAUAGCCGGUCUUCAGACCGAACUGGAUACUGCUACCCCUACAUCACUUUCUCGAAAAAACCAAGAUCCGGUAUCCUGGCUACCCCGAGCCCCUGCUCGCCACGACCUGGAGUCGCACCGGCAACCCGUUACCUGUGUUGCCUUCCACCCUAUAUUCUCCUCUCUCGCCUCCGGAUCGGAAGACACGACGAUCAAAAUUUGGGACUGGGAAUUGGGUGAAUUGGAACGGACAAUCAAAGGCCAUACGAGGGCGGUUCUUGAUGUGGAUUAUGGCGGACCGCGAGGGGGUACUCUCCUAGCCUCCUGUUCGUCCGAUCUGACUAUCAAAUUGUGGGACCCUGCCGAUGAGUAUAAGAAUAUUCGCACCUUGCCAGGACAUGAUCACAGUGUCUCCGCAGUUCGCUUCAUUCCAUCAGGGGCAGCGGGGUCCCCAAUGUCCGGCAAUCUGUUGGUGUCGGCAUCCCGUGAUAUGACACUACGAAUUUGGGACGUGACGACUGGAUAUUGCGUGAAGACAUUACAAGGACAUUCUGCUUGGGUGCGAGAUGUAGCGCCAUCACCAGACGGGCGGUUCCUGUUCUCUGCGGGAGAUGAUCAAGUCCCACGUCUCUGGGAUAUCUCGUCAGGGGAGCCCAAAGCCACUUUCCUCGGACAUGAACAUGUGAUCGAAUGUGUUGCCUUCGCCCCUACCACGAGUUACCCUUAUUUGGCUCCUUUAGCGGGGCUAAAGAAGCCACCCCCUGCGUCAUCCUCUGCCGAAUUUGUUGCUACGGGUGCUCGUGACAAGACAAUUCGUCUGUGGGAUGCCCGGGGCAAUCUGAUCAAAACAUUGGUGGGCCACGAUAACUGGGUGCGAGCUCUUGUCUUCCAUCCCGGCGGGAAGUAUCUACUCUCGGUAGCAGAUGAUAAGACAAUACGAUGCUGGGAUCUGACUCAAGAGUGCAAGUGUGUGCGCACUAUCAAUGCCCAUGACCACUUCGUCAGCUCGAUUCGGUGGGCACCUCCAUUGAUCAAGGACAGCAACGGGGCUGCUGGAGCCAAUGGCUCUGCAGAUUCUGCGACAGCAAACGGGGCGAAAGACGAUCCCAAUGCAGCAAGCAAAAUGUCUAUCCGCUGUGUGCUCGCCACAGGAAGUGUCGACCUCAAGGUGCGGGUCUUUGCCUCGUGAGAGCCGUUCAAUGCUGUCAGGAACAACGCUCAUAGCAGGAUCUUGACGAGACCUGAUCCAGCAUAAUACGUUGAGCCGCAAAAGAUUCGACGGGCCAUUUCGUCUACGAAGUUACGGUACCUCGGGGGUUUGUUCCUCGACAGUCGGGAGGAUCUGGGAUUUAGAAGGAUCGCCAUUCGUCUUUUCUGGGUAAAGGAGUUGGUUUCUCUUGCUUGAUACCAGUGACUUACUUUCCAUGCGCAAGUUCUUAGGGAUUGAGAAUGGUCGGCGAUGACCAAGUGAGAGGUGCAAUUCAGCUUUGCAGUGUAUACGCUCUGGUUUCUUUCUUGGGAUGGAUGGGGGCUCUCUUCUCGUACAUACUUCUCUAAUGCCGCCACGUGCAAUCAAUUGUUGUCUACGCCUUUACGAAGAGUCCAUAUUUGGUAUAAUAUUGAUGCUGCGUCCACUCCGUGAGAAGCGAUUGAUAAAAUCAGAAGACCGUCGAGGUCAUGAGCAAAAUGGUAAAUCAAUCAAUGAUGCUGUAAUAUAGUAUAGUACAAAUGAUCCGAUAUGUAGUCCCAGCACGGAUAUCCAAAAAGAAAAGGGUAAUAGACCUUUUAAAAACACGUAGGCCAAUGUUCAAAGUCCUUGAAAUCCCAUGAUAACAGAUUUUCAAGCCUGGACUUCAGAAGUCCGCUCCUGGACCAGCUUCUUCACCUUGCCGAUGCGCUCCUGUCCGAGGAAAAUACGGUGGAUCAACCCGGCCGUAGAAAGCGUUUCUCCCUCCUGGACAAGACCUUCCUCUCGUGCAAUAGCUUCCAAAUCAAGUUCCUCGCCCAACCGCCGAGACUCCCUGCGAACAUACUUUGCAGCCCAGCGCUUUUCGCGCUCCUGCUCGCGCUCCUCCCGCGUCAACAGAGCCGGUCGGUCCUCAAUGGGCACGGCGAAAGGAGUGAUAAUGCGCUCAACGACGUGGUGCACGCGACGGCUCUUGGGAGCACCGGAAGAGAACUCGAUCACGUCGCCCUUGCGCAGAGAGUUUUGCGGAUCAGAUACAAGGACCUUCUCUUCCUUCCGAUAGUAUUUCCGGAUGUGCUUGUCCCACUCGUUAGAGCGGUAGACGACGGUCACAGUGCGGUCCAUGCGGCCAACGGAGGCGACGGUGCCGGUCUUGGUUGAGGAAGCAUAGUCGCGGAGGAGCGUAGGCGGGUUGAGAGUUUGGGAUUUGGGGAUGGUCGGCGUCGGGGUGGCGGAGGAAAUUGGUGGAGGGGCGAUGGGUUCUUGUGUGGAUUCGGUGGGUGUGUAAGAAUUGUAGCGAAUGCUUGGGCGGAGGCAGAGAUUAGAGGGGAUAAUGCUUGAUCGUGUCAGGCUCAUCGGCGAUGCAAUUGAGCGGAUGGGCAUCGUAGCCCGGAGGAGGUGGCUCGGUGCCAUUGUGGGUUCGGAUCCCUGUCACAGCUGAAUCCUAGUCAAAGAAUGGCAGACUUUUAGGACAGGCUGUGGGAAGUGUUGAACAGGGAUAGACUUGGACGAGCGCCAAAC